AUGUCGGGACACGCUGCCCGUAAUCUGAUGCAAAUCAGAACUAGAUGCUUGUUCAACAACUCUCGACGAACUAGCAGUGUUAAACUUUUGCAGGCCUCACAUCCAAAUGCAACUUGCAUGCUCAUACAUCCACCUAUCCAACCUUACAACCGCAAAAUUCAUACUACUUCCAUCUGCCAUUCCUCCUCUGAAAAGCCAUUGUCGAAGCCGAUACCUGCUCGAGCAUCAUUGAUGCAGCCUGAUCCAAACGACAAUCCUGAAAGCAGAGAGCAUGGGCCGCCCCUACAAUUAUACAAUGUCAUGGCUGAUAUGGUCCCUCCAGGAUGGAAGGUUGGAUCUGUCAAACAGGAUGGCUUCAUAGUGGGAGACUUCGAUCUUCCUGGUCCUGUCAUACUGCUCAAUGGAUCGCUAUUUAUGUGGGAUGUACCGCAGUUUGGGUGCGCAAGUGAUGAAAUCCUCGACGCUGAAUCAGAUGGUGUCGAAAGUGUCGAUGAAGAGGGCUCUCCCUUUCAUGGAUGGGACAUUGGAUGCUUGCGUCUCCUGGAAGUCGUCGAUCCACGUCCUGAAAUAUUGGUGCUGGGUACAGGAGCAAAGAAUUAUCCUCUGCCAUCAUUAUUAAGAGCAUAUCUGCUAAAACUAGGAAUGCAGAUCGAGGUCACUUCUACUAGGAAUGCAGCAUCGACUUAUAACGUACUGCUACAAGAGGGACGACGUGCUGGUGCACUAUUACUACCACUCUUUCCGACUAGCGCAAGGACAGGUCAAUCGCUCAUAACGCUGGGCGACCCUUCUGAAAUAGAAAGCAAUGGCGUUGGAAAGGGCAAAGAAGACAGUCAAAAAUUACAGUCAACAUGA